ACGCUGUCGAGGGACGUGUGGAUGGUGGGCAUGGGGAUCCUCAUGUCGCUGAUUGUGCUGGCCAUCGUCUUCGGCAAUGUGCUGGUGAUCACGGCCAUCGCCCGCUUCCAGCGCCUGCAGACUGUGACCAACUACUUCAUCACCUCGCUGGCCUGUGCUGACCUGGUGAUGGGGCUGGCUGUGGUGCCCUUCGGCGCUUGCCACAUCAUCAUGGAGAUGUGGAAGUUUGGGAACUUCUGGUGUGAGUUCUGGACCUCCUUGGAUGUACUCUGUGUCACAGCUAGCAUUGAAACCCUCUGCGUCAUUGCUGUGGACCGGUACUUUGCCAUUACCUCUCCUUUCAAGUACCAGAGCCUGCUGACCAAGAGCAAGGCACGUGUGGUGAUCCUUGUGGUGUGGGUGGUCUCAGCCCUCACCUCCUUCUUGCCCAUCCAAAUGCACUGGUACCGGGCAGAGCGUGACGAGGCCAUCCUCUGCUACAAGGAGGAAACAUGUUGCGACUUCUUCACCAAUCAAGCUUAUGCAAUUGCCUCCUCCAUCAUCUCCUUCUACCUGCCACUUGUGGUCAUGGUAUUUGUGUAUGCCAGGGUCUUCCAGGUGGCCAAGAAACAGUUGCAGAAGAUAGAUAGGAGUGAGGGGAGGUUUCACGCCCAUAACAAGGAGCAGGAGCACAAAGGGGGAGCUGGGCACCGCCGUUCCUCCAAGUUCUUCUUGAAGGAGCACAAGGCCCUCAAGACCCUGGGCAUCAUCAUGGGCACCUUCACACUGUGCUGGCUGCCCUUCUUCAUUGUUAACAUUGUGCACGUUAUCCAGGACGACAUCAUACCCAAGUACGUGUACAUCCUCUUGAACUGGCUGGGCUAUGUCAACUCUGCCUUCAACCCUUUGAUUUACUGCCGGAGCCCUGACUUCAGGUAUGCCUUCCAGGAGCUCCUGUGCUGCGCCCGCCCCUGCUCCCGGCGGCAGCACUGCCUGCGGAGCCGAGCUCCCCGCGGGAGGCUUCCUGGGUCCCUUUUCAUAACUGGGCCCGUGGCCAUGGGACCCCUCCCCGGCCAGGUGGACAGCCUUGGGCGGUGGUGUCAGUGUUGA